AUGGAAAAUCGACAGGAAACCACGCGAAAUCUAAAUUAUUUGAAAAACGCGCUAACUAGCGGCGACGUCAACAGAAUAAGUGCUAUAUGUCGAGAGAUGAAAAUUAAGUAUGAUGUAGCCGACCAGCUCAGAAAGCAUCAUGGAAAUAUGGACUUUGCUGAACGUUUGCCGAACGAUAUGUACUCGCAGUCAUUAAUACCAGGUGACGUUCCAUGUCGUUUAACUGCAAAACGUGCACGUGCAAACAGAAGUUGUUUCUUUAACUCCCUCUCGUUGAUCUUGGCAGGAAACGAGAACAUGAGUGAACAGUUACGUAUUUUAAUAGCUAUAGAGCUAUUUGAAAACCCCGAAUGGUACUGUGAUCCGAAACGAAUAACUGACGCAAUGGAUAUUGACGAAGGGAGAGGGCUGAGUGAAACUUCUUUGUUUUUAAUGACAACCUCUUGCGACGGGAUCAAGCCAGGGUGUGACAGGAAAAGCGUUAUAAAAGAUGUUGCAAUAAAAACGUGCGAUUUGUCUUAG